AUGCUCGCCAUUAAAAAAGAAAAGAAAAAUGAAGGAGCCUUGCAGCAAGAAAAAAAAUAUUUUGCGAAUCAUUGAUAUUGAAAUCGUAUCGAUAACGCUAUCGUAACCGUAAUUGCAAUCGUAUAAUAAUAAUUAAUUAAUCAAUUAAUUAAUCGUAAUGAUAAAUAAAGAUUCUCGUAAUUUCGACGAGACUUUUUCGAGGAACUUGGUGCACCACAACGAUCGCAUUUAAAAAAAGAGUCCGAUUAUUACCGGUCAGAGAGAAAAAGGGAUGCAGUGUUUUUUGGGAGUGGACGCUUUUUGUGGACACGUUUUUUAUAAAUAUUGGCAGCAAUAUUAAACGGCGUUUUAGCUACGGGCGAGAAACUCAGGUUCCAGUUACUAAAUGAAACAUUUAAGCAAAACGCGAGCUGUUUUUUUGUAAAAGAGAGAAUGAGAGAAUGUGAGAUUAACGACGACGAAAUACGUCCUUUUGAAUUCCAAAACUGAUGAAACAUGGGUCGAUUCCUCUUUUUGUCAAUGCUAACUAACGAUUAUUACAUAUAAUAAUUAGUAGAGAAGAGAAGAGAACAGCCAAUAGGAAAUAGAAACUAAUAGAAUGGGAAAAACGGUGGCGCCGUAGACCAAUAUAUUGUUACCCUAGGUAUAACGAAUUAAUAAUUAAUUGUAACAAAGUAACUCUUGACGAUCCUUUGCCGACGAAAGUGGCAGAGAUCAUCGUGACAAGAGUACGUGUGUAUGUGUACGAGAGAAUGUAUUUCGGGAGAGGAUAUUUUGAAAAUCUAUCUUUGAAGAACACGUUACGCGGGAACACGAUUUUAAGAUGCUUUCAAUCAGCGGUUCGAUAAUAAAUCAUAUCGAAUUUCUCAUUUUAAUGUGAUUUCUGGAACGGUUCAUAAUUACUAAUGGUCAUUAUUUCAUAAUUAGUGUCGUAUCCUAGCACACGUAUUCUAAGCUAGCUCUGCAUUAUGCUGACAAACGUUUUGAUAAUGAACCGUAUAAAAUCCUCCAAUUUACAGUAAUUCGUAAAACGAUUCAUGAUAAUUACUGAUAAUAAUUAUUAGUAAUAAUAUUGUAAUGGUAAUAAUUACUAUAAUAAUUCAUUCUAUACGAAACAAUUGUCAACUAUAAAUUGUGUCGAGAAAAAUUUCAGUAUUGAUUCGUAUCGAAUCUUUCAACUAUUAAAAAUAUUAAAAACGAUUGCGACUGCGCAUGAAAAUGUCUUAAAAUCGGGUUCGACCGCCGCAACCGACAGAUUCGUGUACGUCCAUUUGGAUCCUUGCCAAUAUUUCCUUUCUGUUCUCUUGUAGUUUUUUCAAAGAACAUGCUAUUGAUGCAAAUGUAUAUCAGUGAGAAUAUCAUUCGCGUGCGAAUGUAAAACAUGUGUUAAUGAGUGAUUUUCUGCGAAGGCGAUAAUAGCCGAUCAUUAUUGAACGUUCAGUGCAAGAGUUGACGGAGGAGCUUGGGGGUUGAGGGUGGGGGGCAGGGGUUGGGACACGACAUGUUCUGAACGGGGUGUUGAAGAAAUGACAAAAAAAAGAAAUUAUCGAUACAUGGAUAUAGCGUUAUUAUUAAACGAAUGUAUGCUGUCCCACUGUGAUAAAACUUUUGUUUUUGCAUGUAAAGUAUAACUAUUAUUGUCAUAAGUAUGAAAUCGAAAGAAAAUGAACAAAAAAAGAAUAUAUUAUAUAUAUAUAUAUAUAUAUAUAAAUAUAUAUUAUAUAUAUAUUAUUACGGUGCAUAUAUAUAGAUGUAUGCGCCGAGGCAUGCGCGAUCUUAGAACGAUCUAUGUAUGUACCUAUAUAUCUAUAUAUGUGCAGGCACACAUUAUACAGAGAUACACAUUUACACACUUACACAUACAGACACAUGUAACACGUACACAUUGAGCAUACAUAUAUUGUGAUCGAGCGUGCACCCAGUUAAAAGUGCAUGCUACUACAAAGAAUACAAAUUUUAAAUUACCUGGGUCCGACCUGUCUUCAUGCGCUUGCAAACGGACGGAUGGAUGAACGAAUGGACUUUAUGCUUGUAUAAUUUAACCUUUACGCUGUCUAAUGAAUUACUUCGAUUAUUCUUGAGAAAUGUCAAUUUUAGAGGGAAAAAAAUCUGAAUAAUUUUUUAUGUAUCACUGUUCACACAGUGGACGAUCGAAACUUUUGCCCUACCUUUUAUACAUACAUAUAUCGUUAAAGAAACAAGAACAAAUUUUGAAUGAUCAAAUUAUGAUUACUGGCAGUGCUUUUAGUGUCGCGAAGGAUACUUAUUACACGUGGUAUGUGGGCGUAAAGGUUAAAUACGUGUGUAAUUUUACGUGCGUUGAAUUAACACUUGACGCGCGUGUUUCUUUCAAAUUCGUGUAUUUUAUAAGUAUUUCUCUUGUUUUUUUAAUUGAAUCAAGUACAAUUCGUUUGGUGCUCUCGGGUUAGCCGACAGGAAACUAACACGCUCGGCAAUUCAUUUUAAUCGAAAGGUGAAAAAUACAAAUAAAAGUGUGUAGCGUUUAAGGAAUACUCUUUUUAAAAGUUUGCGAUUGGCGUAAUAAAUAUUUUUCUUUUGCAAAUUGCGAUCACGACAAAUUUGUCGAUGUUUAAAACUAACCGUGAUAAAAAAAUGUGUUUGAUGUUGAAGGAAAUUUUAUGCUGGCAUAUGUACAUUUAUAGUUAUUUGUUCUCUAUAGCGUGUAUUUUUUUUUGUUUUUUUCUAAAUAACCGAGACGCGUGUAAUUUCGAUGAAUUUCGGAGGGUUCCUUAAGCGCAUGAAUACCGGAAGUACGAUGAAUGUUUACUCGCUUUUUCGCGCAACGGUCAUCCUCAUAUUGUACCGUUUAUUUGGUAGUUGUACCAUGUAAAACACCAUUUAUAUUUGCAUAUGAUUAAUAUGUUUUACUUAUAACGCUCUGGUACUUGAUGUUAUUUCAUAUUUCAGCCCUGUGAUCACCAGUCCUCCCUUCAUUCCAAAAAACUCAACAUAUCAGUUAGAACGAAACGAUUGUCUGAAAAACUAGUCUGUCAUCGUAAAUCGUAAAAUAUGUGACUGAGGUAAAUCUUAAAACAAUGUGUUAUUUGCGUCUCUUUUUUUAAAACAAUCUUUUGAAUUUUUACAAAAUAAUGAAUAUUGAUGUGUUUUUAAAAUUAUUUUCUUAUUUAUCUACACAGGAGGUGUUUAUUUAUGGAAGUAAAAAUAUGUGUCAGGACGCAUACGAAAUCGAGUGUUCUAGAUGCAGGGCUGCGGCGCAACGUGGGGCGAAAUUAACAGGCGUACAGGGUAGCAAGCAGCUGGAAAUUACGGGUUCUACAUCGACGAAGAGUUAUUGCCGCCGGCUGAAAUUACGGAUUCGAAAGAAACCGUGAGAAUCGCGUGCCAGCGCGUGAAAGACGAGUCGGUGUGCCGGUAACAUGGUUGCAAAAGGUAUAGGGGAGAGAAUCGUUGGUUCGGUUGUUGAGGGGUGGCAGUUGGAUUCUCUCUCUUGUAGCCAACGCGACGAAACAACGUAGCCGAGCUUGCGCACCGCAUUGAACGGCUGCAGUCGAGUCAUUAUGCAGCUACUGGCUGUCACUUCUACUCACCGUAACCGCAGACCGACGUUGACUAUCGUCGAGUUCUCUAUGCAUCCGUUUCUCCCCGCGCUUUCGACGCCCGAUACAGCGGUAGAUACAGCGGUACACCGCUGAAUAUAUUACGGCUCGUUUAAACCCGAUUCCUAAUGCAGCUACCCUUAUGUGUCAAUGCCUCGACACUGAUUCAUGAAACUCUAUUUCACUUUUCUUCUCUCCGUGUUCUUUUUUUUAUUUUUAUCUUUUUUAUCCGGAGCUUUGCCUUUUGUGUGUUUGUACAAAGGAUUCGAGUUUUCCAUUGGAAAGCAGAGAUAUAAAUUAGCGAUUUGAUCUGAGGAGAGGCUACUUUGUCGCUCGUAAUUUGAUCGUGCCACUGUGCUGGUUGGAUCGCGAUUUCGCCAUCAAGGUAUCUUCGCGUGAUAUCGACGUACGUGGAUGAUAGUGUUCCGUUGGCACGCAACUAUUUCGUAUUCCAACGAAAGACGUCGCGUUUAAAUUACAUGGAUAGUUCGUCCGCGCGUUAGAUGUCCAAAGAAACAACUAACAAUAAGACAAUGGAUUUUCUUUUAUACGAAACAUUAUCCCUAUUUUUGAUUGUAAAAAUGGAAGAAAGUUAUUUGCAUAGGAAAUUUAUUAGGUAGAAAUUUACGAGCGUCCUAGUUACAUCAUUUUUCGCUCGCAAGUCAAUUCGCGAGUUAUAACUUAUAAAAUCGUUCUCCAACGACGUUUUUGAGGAGAUGAUGGGCCGGUUAAUAAAAUCGAUACGCCGCGACGAUUUCCAAAUUAAGAUUCCUACGCAUUGUAUAUCUUCGGAACAAAGUGUUCAAACGUCUUCGAGUCUGAAUUUUAAUAUAAAAUUCAUCUUUAGUUUGCGCAAUUGAAAGAAAUUGAAGAACAAUCGAAAGAAAUUGUUCCUGCGACUAAUUAGCUAACAUUGAGAAAGAACGAGAAUCUAAAGCUUUUCUUUCGUUUUGUCCGAAUUACACGGUAAUUAACGCAGAAUAAGCUUUUCUUUAUAUCGUCGACGAAUCAUUCAUACCCGAGCUUGUAGGAACAGGCACGGUUUGAUUAUUCGUAUAAGUGCUGACACAAACUCUCCAACAACCAACGUUGCUUGUUCGACCAUUCUAACUCAACUUCUACUGCCGCAGAGUACACUACUCUGUCUGGCCAGCGUAGUGGCGUGCUUAUUCUACUAGCUUCGGUCAGCCCGACCGACUCGACGCGACGCGGCGCGACGAACGAUUUAGCUUUAUCAGUAAAACAGUCGAACUCGCAGUAUUUUGAUUUUACAGGAAAACUAGACACUGUCUUAUAAUGUUUCAUCCGUAAUCGUUUAAUUCUUGUCACCCUCUCGUCGUUGCGAAUUUCUCAUUUUUCUCAGUUAUUGAAUUAAUGAUAUACGUAUUAAAUUCCAAGCGCCGAUCAACGACACACCCCCUCCCCAACGGUGACAGUCGACGCGUUAAAACAAUUACCCCCGAUGUCGACAUAAAACUCGAUUAAUAUUACACGUCAAUAUUAGGUUGGUUCUAUUUAACACGGCCAAUCGAGUCGCGAUUAUGCGGAUUGUUGGGGUGGUCGGGCGCGUUUUUCGCCGACCACUAACGGAAUAUCGGAUUUUCGGUACGUCACGAUGGGAAUUAAUAAUAUUGUUUGCCAUUGCAUUAUGCGGCGCAUCUCGAUCGUUGACGUCCGUGAAUUCUGGUAAUCACCCUUUCUAAUUGAUAAUGUUCGAAUCACGAACGAUAAUAUUCAUUACUCUACCAACCAGAAUGAUCCUUUCUGCACCGUUUGUUGUAAUCUGUACAAGUUUCUAUUAGCGAACAAGGAAUUUAUUAAAUUUAUUCACUACUCGCAGCGAGAAUCCCAUCACUUACGACUUACGACACUUAAUACUCUAUCGUUUAUUAAGAUCGCGUCCGCAAGGUGGUACGAUGUUGAAGCAGUGAAAUUUUCACGACUGGUCCAACGUAGGUUGCUUGAUGAACGAUUAAAAUUUCAGACCCUUCCAUAGAUUGCUUCCCGAGUUAGAGUGGUCUUUAAAAUUUCCUACGGUUCAAGUUUACCUCGAGCGAGUUCACUUUGCAAAUUUUUCAAACGAAAAAACUGAAAUCCUCUUUAAACCUUCAAGUGGUUUGUACAUUUUGAAAUAAACUUUUCAUUACAUCUUGUCAAGCUGUCGGGGAAUAUUUAACUGGAACCAGCUGGUCUGAUAACGACGCUUAAGGGAUAAUAAUACUUAAGACUAUGUAAUCGUAAGACAGUUUUCAGGGGUGAGCAGCACGGGAGCCAGCGGGCAUUUCCGCGUAACCGACCUGGACAAACCAACCGAAACGAGGUCAGGAACGACGCGUACGAGGGACGAGGGAGGAGGAUCGUUGGUGGCCCGUUCGCCCAUCCACCUGGUCACCCCUAGCUACGGGGUGGUUUUCCUCCCCUCGGAAUCCCUCGGAUACACUCGGACAUUGUCGUUUCCACGUUCUCUCGAAUUGUGUUACAACUACACGCCAAUAUCAUUUUUAUAGCUGAAUGUAUAUAUAGGGUGUCGCAUAAAAUGCUAAUAUUUCAUCGUAUGUCAAUAAUCAGAUGCACUGUUCCAUUAUUUAAAUUUUCCUUCAGAACAAAUGCCACUAAAGUUGCGUGUAGAAGCAUCCUAGGAGCAUCCCUUGAACAUCGUCUACUUAUCCUAGCACACGUAGAGGGUAUCACGUGCAAGGACACGUAACAUCUAUAGAGAUAUUACUGGUCUCUCAUCGUCGGAGGUUUCAGAACUCCGCGGAGAACGCGGAGAACGCGCAGAACGCGCACACUUUCGCGCAGGAACUAUCGCAUGUAAGUUUGGUGGAAGGGGCAGGAAAAGCAGGUAGAAAGGAGGAGAGUGGGGGGAGGGUUAGACCGCGCGGCUAUCGGUCGUACACGGUGCGAUCGUCAUUGGGCGUCGGAACGUCGUGGCGACGCGACGCGGUCUCGGAAGUACGCUCGGUAGUAACGAGUACGCGCGCGCCAAGUGACACGAGGAUCGAGUGUUUCGCGACACCCUUUGCCACGUCCUUUUCUCCGCCAACACUUAAACACGAACACGUACACGCACACGAAACACACAUUAAAAAUAACACUAAACCGAGUCGCGUUCGAGUGUACAUCUCUUCGUUCGUGUUAAACGUGUUUCGUGUUUUUCCGCGCGUGUGUUUCGAAAAAUAGUCAAUCGAGGGUCAAACUUGUAGCAAACAGGUUUACAAGUUGAAUCAGCUUCUGGAUAACGAUCCAGAGAUGAUCUCGAUCGUCUGUGACGCGCACGUGUGAUCCAUCCAGAGAAUCGCGAUCCUCUUCCAUCAAUUAUAAUAUAUAAUAGAAUAGGAUAGGAUAGAUUCAAAUGUUUCCGUCGAAAUCGGUGUGUGCGUGAGUCAUUUUUUUCUCGGCAAAUUUCUACAAGAAGUGUGAAAAAGUUGAUCGUUGAACUGACGGAAAAGGAUAACGAAGUGUGAACCGGCGCGGCGUUUCCGGUCUGGAUACGACGAGCGUUGGCGCGAUUUGGAUCGUAUCGAAGGUGGAGGAAACGGGGCACGAUGAGACGGACGACGAGAGGAUGUCGCGCGGACGCCGCGGGAUUCAUCGUCGUCGUCGUCGUUCGACACCUACAUCUCGAUCGUUGGCCCUCGAAAGUUUCCAAGAGGAUCGUUUUACGAACACGCUGAAAGAUAGAGGACCCAUGUUGUACCAUGAUCUGAUGGGUAGAGUCAUGUCACGUGUCGUCGGGACGCUGCUGGCGCGAUCGACGCUGUUCGCGAGUGUUGCGGCAGCGAUCGUCGUGUUGUCGUGUUGCUGCAGGUGCACUCGAGCCAGCGAGUUCCCUGAAAGGGAAUGCUGCGAUCUCAUAUUCCCGAUUCCGGAACCAACUGGCAGAUCAACGUCCGCUCCGACGCCUACCGGAAGAAGCGGAUCCGACAUCAAAGAAGCAGUUGCCAUACUGAAUUGUCUGUACGCUCGUCAAUUGUGCUUCGAGGAUCCAUCCUGUAGCGCCAUCCUGGAGAUCAUACCAAGGCUCUGCGGUCCGGAGAUAGUGGCUUGCUCGACGGUGACAGUGACUAAGUGUCAAGCGGCCCUGCAUACUCUGCAAGCUUUCACUUUCUUCCGACCCACGUGCCUCUGCAGGGAACGCCACGUAGAUCAGGAAUGCAACAGCUUCCAGACCUUCCUCUUCGAUCACCCUUGCAUCGAUGUCUUGAACAAGGAUAAGGACCCGUAUUCCAUCGACACUCUGCCUACAUGCAAUCAUGCGCUGAGCGUCUGUUUACGAGGCAAACCGUGCAGCCAGAUUUUCGACGACUUCAAAAGUAACUGCAAAUCGCGAGAGGGCAAGUGCAGGAUGGAGAGCCGGAGUGCUUGCCACGAUUCCUGGACCCAACUACGACUGUCGCCAAUGUUCGGUUGUACAUGUCCAAACGCUCGCAUGAAGAGACGUUGCGACAAGAUCUUCUCCACGGUGAAUCACAAUCCGUGCGUUGAGUUCCUGCCCUCCUCUACCUCCGUUGACCUGUCGGGCACGGACUCGGCCCUGUAUCCGUUCGACCCGCAGCAGGAGAGCUACCAGGAGAUCUGGUUACCGGCCACCAUGAAGGUCAUCUCUCAUCCGGACAAUUCGACCAGCUUCGAGCUGAUCGAAUCGCAGCUGGAGAAUCCAUUAAUCGACGCCGAUCAUCAAGAUCUACUGGCGAUGAAGCAGAUUCCUGUUCUCGGUGGACAUCAUCACAAGUCCCAUCAUAAGAGGAACCAGACGGACGAGCACGAUCAAACGUCCAUGGUGUUGCCGUCAGCCUCGUCAGACUUGGACAAAAUCCAGCAACCAGUGAAGGUCGUGCUCUCCAGCACCUGUCACCACGCGUACACUGCCUGCAAAAACGACCCCGAGUGCAGAGUGUUACUGGAACCGGUGCUGAACCACUGCGAUCCGAGCAGUUGCUCCAGGAACGAGUGCAUGGACUCUUUGCAGAAUUUUUACAAGUCUGCUAAUCACAAGCACUCCGUGGAAAUCGCCUUCUGCCUGUGCAGGAAGACGGAUAACAGGAAGGACGAGUGCAUAGUGGCGCAGGAGAAGAUGCACCCUGCGUGCGCCCAACGUGUCGAGGGUGCAGAGAUGCCUCCCUGCCAUAGCCUGGCUGAGGCAUGCAAGGAAAACAGAAGUUGCAGAAUGAAGUUGGAAUAUUACGAACAAAGUUGUGCGGUGGAUAGUGUAACGAAAAAGUGCGCUGGACCAACAGCUGAAUGCAGAAAAGCGAUGCUGGGAAUUCUUGGGACGAAACUAAGAUCGAGCUGCGCCUGCAAGAGCACCGAACUUACCCAACUUUACGAUUGUAUCGGCUGGCAGAGGCUUUUAUGGGUGAAUCCUUGCGUGGUCGAGUCCCAGAAGGAUUAUCACGCUCGUAGGAUACACCAUCAUUAUCCGAGGACCACAACGACGACCAUCUCGUCGACGACCAAGUCGCCAGUUAGCACGACGACGGUCAUCGUGGUCGAACAAGUGGAAGAUAAUCAAAUACCGGAAGUGACGAGGUGGCCGACCACCGAACCCACGGAAACUUGGGAAAUCACUACCACGAGCAGCACCACCAUAAGUACCACUCCAAGUACCACUACAACUACCACCACCCCGCCUCGCUUCUGCGUGGUUCAAAGGCCGAGGCAAAGUCACCAAUACAUAAGGGAGGGCAAAGGCAAGAGGCUGUAUCGCGAGGACGAACCUGAAUGCUCGGAGCUGUGCCAGUGUGGCGAGGGUGAGGUUUUGAUCUGCAACACGAUCUGUGUGGAUUCGUCGCCGUGCAAGACGGACUUCGCCUUCUAUAAUCACGAGGCACCAGCGUAUCAGGCGCAUCGGGGACCCUGCCUUUGCUAUAGCGGUCGUUUCAUAUGCAUGCGGCCUUCGCCCGAUGCUUACUCAAUACCGCACGGAGUGUUCAUGUUCCUCGGCUACAGCGAAAAGGACGAGAGCUUAUUGAGACAGCACAAUAAUCUCACGGUCCUGGACGCGGUGUCGUCUCUCGAUAGUUUCAUGAGGGAAGAAGUUAACAAUCAGACGGUCUGCACCCUGUUCCUGUACAACGCGACCCGAGAAAACGUGAUUGCAGUGGCGCGUCUCGGGACUGACAAUCCACCCCUAAAUAGCAGCCAAGCUCAAAGUCUGCAGCACCUUCUGCGCGUCAAGGAGGAGUGCGCCUCGAUGUUACAGGAUCUCAGCGACAAGAUCAACAACAAGCAUCACGAGGUGCACACGCACCCUUUGCUCUCGAUCUUCAAGAUGGCGGAGGUCGAGGUCAAGCUACCAUACAGCAACGAGGUCGGUGGUCUCUUGAGAUCGUCGAGUUUCCUCCUCGUCGCAAUCCUUCCGCUGCUCAGUCUGCUUCGAUCGUCGUCGACGUGUCUGCUCGGCUCGUGACACGGGCCGCAGGUCACCGGCAUCGUCUGUCGAGAACCCUGCAACUUCUCGAACGCCUAGUAAACACAUACACCCACACGUACACGUACACACACGCAGUCGCGCGCAGGCACACGUACACAUACAGACGCGCGCAGGCACACACGAACUUCGCGAGCCAUCACGAGAUCGAACAUGUCUCGCGAGUAUUCUCUCGAACCGGCGAGAAUCUCACGGCCUCUGAAGGCACGGAUCAACGAACGACAGUCGAAGUCGCGGAUAAAACGAACGGGGCUCUAAUGUUCGUGCCUCGUGGAUCAAAGAUGUAGAGAAAAUGGAUCGUUACCGCGAUCGAGGAUCACGUGCAGCCAAUAAAUACGAUGAUGGUACACCUCCGGGCAACGUCGACUUCUUUUGCCUGUUGAAAGGCAAAUAUACACUUACAAGGGAAACUACCCAAGUGUUACACUCACUUAUUAAUGAAACUUUGCCACCUUAUAAAGCUCGUCGAGCUGAACACGCCUAUCGCCGUUUUGUGGGCA